GCGGCCCCUGGCGGCGGCACGGCUUCAUUCCCCCCACCCCAUACCCUGCCGCCUUCGGCCCGGUACAGCUCGCCAUGCUGUUCCGCUUCGGCGUGGUGCUGCCGGCCCGCAUCGCAGAGUGCGGCGGUGCGCUGCUUGUGGCCGGCUCGCGGCCGGAGCUGGGCGAGUGGGACCCGCAGCGCGCCGUGCCCAUGCAGCCAGCACGGCCGAGCGCAGCGCUGGCGGCCCAGGAACCGGUUCUGUGGCUGGGGGAGGUGCUGCUGCCGGACGAGGACACAGCCAGCCCCUUCUGGUACAAGUUCCUGCGGCGGGAGGGCGGCCAGCUUCUAUGGGAAGGUAAUGGGCCCCAUCAUGAUCGAAGCUGUGUUUAUAACCAGAGCAACAUAGUUGAUGGAGUUUACUGCCUCCCAAUAGCACACUGGAUUGAAGUCUCUGGACAUACUGAUGAGAUGAAACAUACAACUGACUUCUAUUUUAAUAUUGCAGGCCAUCAAGCUAUCCAUUACUCAAGAAUUCUGCCAAACAUCUGGCUGGGAAGUUGCCCUCGGCAGCUGGAGCAUGUGACAGUCAAGCUAAAGCAUGAACUGGGUAUCACAGCAGUGAUGAACUUCCAGACCGAGUGGGACAUUGUUCAGAAUUCCUGGGGCUGCAAUCGCUACCCAGAACCUAUGAGCCCUGAAGUCCUCAUGAAACUGUACAAAGAGGAAGGUCUUGCCUAUGUCUGGAUGCCAACCCCAGACAUGAGCACAGAAGGAAGAAUACAGAUGUUGCCACAGGCUGUCUGCCUCCUGCAUGGGCUGCUGCAGAAUGGACACACUGUCUACGUUCAUUGCAAUGCUGGUGUUGGCAGGUCUACGGCUGCUGUCAGUGGCUGGCUGAAGUAUGUGAUGGGAUGGAGCCUGCGGAAGGUGCAGUACUUCUUGGCUUCCAGGAGGCCGGCUGUCUACAUAGAUGAGGAAGCUCUGAUUCGUGCUGAAGAUGAUUUCUUCCAGAAAUUUGGACCUCUUCGUUCCUCAUGUAAAGUGGAAGAGUAGAAAAGCAGAAGAGAAAAAGGAAGGUGAAGAGCAAUGCUUACACGCGAAUCCUAGUGAUUAAGAAAUCAUGAAUCAGACUUGUGCCUCUCCUCAUCAGAUCGCAUACUUGUCCUAACAGCCCUGAGAAUUUUGUUAAGAAGUGCCUUUGAGUGUUUUUCAUUUGCGUUCUUGAAGCUGAUAUGACUCAUGUUUCUAAACCUUUUGCUGCAAGUAUGAGACAAAGGUCUGCAAAAGGAGACUAAGAUUCUAUUUUAACUAUUUGCCUACAGGAACCAAGUGUUAUGGUAGACAUAAUAAGGCAAGUCUUGAAAUAAAAUAAUGACUGUUGGCAGUAUUUUAGUGACAAGAAAGGGAAGAUGGUCUCAGAAAGACAAGCGUGAGGUUGACGGAGUUACGGUUCAGAUUUGGAUGGAGCUGAGGAUAGUCAAAGCUGCUCAGUUUUUUUAGAGUGUCCAUUAUUGAAGUGUUUUCUAGUAAUUUUGUAGAAAAAUGGUCUUAAUGCAAAAGACCAGAAACUGACUUCAUCUGAGUUUCUUGAGCAAAAAAAUAAUAUAAAAUGCAGUCAACUAAUUUAUUUAUUUUUUUUCCUGUUAAUGUUAAAUAUUUUGAGAGCUCCCAGUCCUGCUUGGGCAAAACCAGUUUGCUGUAGGAUAGGUCCAGGAUGGACCAAGGGAGGAAAAGCAUUCUCUAGGGAACAGAGGAUUAAGGAUCCAUAAACAUUAAGAAACUAAUUUCUGUACAUUUGUUCUUCAGUGAAAUCUUGUGAGUUUUUUUCCCAGCCAACUGACUUGUCCCUCUAAAGACCCAGUCAGUGCCAGAGUAAUAUAACUGAUAAGUUUAGUUUAUCUGAAUAUUUAAUAUAGAAACGGGUAUGAACUGUUAUGGAGAAAGUCCAGCAUAACAUAGUAUGAUGUUUUAUUUAUCUUCUACUUUAAUUAUUUUCAGAAGUGGCAAUUUAAGUUAUUCUGAAUGUGUUGUUUUGAUCACGACUCCGUUUCUGGCUUGUUUCUUUGUUUUUGCUUUGAAGUAAUACUGCCUGUUUGGAUAUGAACUGCUAAUAGAGAAUGCCCAGCAUUAUACAGUAUGUUUUAUUUAUCUUCUAUUUCAGUAGUCUUCAAAAGGAAAAAAGUGUUUAAGUUAUUCUGUAUGAGUGGUUUUGACUUUGAUUUGUUGUGUUGUUUUUUUUUUAACAUUUUUUGUUUGCUUGUUUGGUUUUGGUUUUGGUUUGCAAUGACAGUGCCUGUUUAAAAACUGGAUGAGAAAGUUUACUCAUUAAAUAACACCGUGGUGAUUGCAGUAGUCCAUUUUGUCCUAUGUAUUUGAUGCUCAAUUUCAUACGUAGCAGGAAGGGUGAUGACUGACCUUUGUAUGGGGGAGGGACCAGCCACUUCGAUGAUGAUGAUGAUCUGUUGCUUGUCUGCUACACUAUGCCAGUUCUGAGGGUCUGCUCUCUGCCCUUCUCAAUCAAGCACUGAGAGGAGGAUGAGGCCACAAGGAGCAGAAACUGGAGCUUGCUGAAGUUUUAUAGUUCCUUUGGGACACAGUUGAAACCCUGAGCUUAAAGCGUGUCUCCUUUUGAUUUGAUGCAACUUACCUAUUGUGACCAACACUUGUGGUUUUGUUCCUGGCAUUUAAUUAGUUUCAUAGCUGAUUAUAUUUCUUGUUUAGAGUUCUUGGGGGCUGAACAGUGCAUAAUAUGGUGCACACGAGUGAGUAUAUAGCUAAGAUAUAACCAUGCUGCAUUGGUUAUUCCUUAAUACUCAUUUUCUUGGCAGUUGAAGCAGACUUCAUCCCUGGAAGUACAGGAGUUCAAAUGAUAUAGAAGCCAUAUAUUGAAGGAAUCCUGAGCAAGGGGUUGUUAGUUCAUUGUUUAUUGCCAUUUCAGUUUCCUUGUCUGUUAAACUGGUAGUGAGGUGUACCAUAAACAGAUUACAUUAGCUGAUAACAUACAUGAAAAUAGCUUGUCAAUAUCAUUUUAACAACAAAUGCAGUGAGUUCUUGUGACUUGUAAUUCCUUUGUGCUGACUUGUCACUUUGUUUUCUCGUUGCCACCUCCUUGCCUUCUCCAGUGGAGGCCACUCUGUCAAGUAACAUCCAUUAUAAGUUCUGUCUGUUGAAAGCCACUGGGAAUUUAAAUGCUGAAGAGGUUAUCGGAACAGGCUACAGUAAUAGAAGAAGCAAUAAUAUGAAAAUAGAAUGUAUAAUUACACGAUAGAGCUGCAUCUACUGCUUAUUUAUUAGAAUUGCAAUUUUCAGUAUGUUCUUCUGCUGAUUAGCUGUUUCCUCAUACUAGAUUCCUUAUGCAGUUUGGAUGCCACGAUGAGGACAGCUCUGUUGUUUACAUCCAUGUAUACUUUACUAGCUUAGUCAUAAACGUGCUGUGAUACUUAGAGAAGGGCAACUCCUAUUGAAAGAAUAACACACAGAUAAACAAUAAUGCUCAUUUUACAGUGCACCCAAUAAGCCAAACAGACAGUAACAGGAACCAGGUAGAAAUAUUGUUAUAAAUUGUCAUUGAAAAGCAUCAGUUAAGGAAAAUGGUUAUCUGCUAGUAAGAGCAUUAGUAUUCUUUGUCCUAUUCUAGCAGUUUUUCACCUUUGCAAGAUGGAAGAAGAAAGCACAACAUGUUACAUGGGAUGGGGCCAUUUGUGACUCAGGAUACUCAGAAUACUUCAGAGUCAUUAAUAAGCCCAGCAAUAAGUGCAUGUUCUUUCCCAUGGCUGUGUACCUGAAGGAUCUGAGCACAGCUAGCUCUUACAGGUAGUGUUAUAAUAAACACAGCCCUUGAUGAAUAGGUUGAGCUCUGAGUGGUUUGGUUUCAUGAAUAUUUUGCCUUUUGAUAUCAGAAAGCAGUUAAUGUGGACCUCCUGCAUGAGAUUUUAGACAGAGAUGCAGUUCAAUAAAGGAUGCUGGGCUUGCUGGCAGGGCUUCCAUAUACCCUCCCUUGCUCCUGUGCACACCUUGAACUUUGGUCCCUUUGGUACUUGUCUGCUCAGGUUGGAAUCUCUCAGUCUUCCCUGUCUGCUUGUCCAGCACUGAGCACAGCAUAGUUCUGGAUGUUGCUUGGACUGUUGGUUUUGUACCAGGUUGUGCUCCAGAGUAGCUGGAAAGUCUUACAGUGGGCAACUGAGUUGUAUGUGUGGCACAAAAGCUUAUUAUGAAACAGCGUUAUUGUCUCUGCUCUGGGGUGUCCCAACAGGACAGGGUGGAAGUAGGAUUUGAGGCUCCCAGCCAUGCUUUCCUGAGGAAGUGUGAUGGAGGUUAGGCUGUAGGUUGCGCAGGAGCAGGAAAUGAACUGACCAUUUAUAACAAAAACAUACAACACACCAGAAAACACACCUGGGAACUAUGUACAUUACCAUAAGGAGACUCUCUAGCUAAAAUAGAUCUACUUUUUGAGUUCUAAUUUAUAGGAUAACACAUGGACUUUACUGACCUCCUAAUGAGAAGAAAUAUUGAUUGAAAAUCAUAAAAAAAUUUACCUUAAUUUUAUUACCUUGCCUCUUCUUUUAUUUUUCCUCAUUAAAUUGCAGCAAGAGGUUUCAUAUCAAUAGUAGAGUUAAAACAAAAAUCUUAAUUCAUUAAAAAAAUGCACUGAGACUGUGCAGUGGGAAGCUGUGAAUAAAUAUUUGGAAGCAUAAUAACUACCACAAAAGUAUAUAUUUGGCAAGCAAGCCCUAACUUCUUGUAGAAUAAUGAACAGCAGACAGCCUUUAGCUAAAAUGGAAUUGGAUUAAUGUAGCGGAGGACAGGAUAUAGAUGACUUUCUCCAACUCUAGCUGUUUACAUUCCAUGUGUUAAAUCAACACCUCUGCAGUUGCUUCUUUAAAAUAUUGUGCUGGAAAGAAUUAUGGUUUAUUUUACACAUGUUUAUAGCUUAAAGUUAAAGGAGCAGCUCUAAGGGAGCAGCUUUUUGAACAGUGGAAGUUAAAAGAAUUAAUCAUUCUUCCUUUGCUCUGUGACACAGCAAUGACAUCACCAGCAAGACCAAAUCAUUUGAAUUUAUUAUUGAUCUUCUUCUUAAAUUAACAAAGGAAAGCAAAUUUUUCAAGGGCAAUGCCGUUGCCAUAUGUUAGCAUAAUUGCAUAGUUGCGAUAUAAGCAACCAAAACAUGUUUUUGAACCUUCCGUUAUGUUAACACUGAACCUAUAGGAUAUUAAUUCUCAAUGAGAUAGAUUCUUUUCCUUGUUCUACCCUUCCAGAUCAAGAUGCUCCAUCCCAGUCUUGACUAGUUGGAAAGGGCUCCUGACUAAAAAUUGCCAUGUUUGUAAAGAUAAGUAAGAAGUAUUUUAAGCCCUUUUAUGCAUAUCAAAGCUUGGCUUUGGAUGUGGAAAUAAUAACAGCUAUAUCAUGUAAAACAAGGAUGGUGAUAUAAUGAGCCCUAGCUCUAUAUAGUUCAGCUUUUUUGUGUUUGUGUGCUUAAAUGUGUUGUCUUAUUCAGAAGACUUAAUUUAUAAAAAUGGCAAGAUAAUGUCUAUUAUUUGGUAAUUAUUUCCAUACUGAUGUUAGAUUUGCAUCAAAGAAAAUAGAAGGCCUGUUUAUUCAUGAGCUGGUAAAAUAUUAAAUGAAACCUCAUUCUUAAUUUAUGUGAUGUGAGGAAAAAGUGUAAAACAGCUGCCAAGAUAAAAAAUUCUAACACCA